AUGAUGGGCGACAUAUACGCCGCUGCGUCCGCUACAGUUAUAUGGCUUGGCGAGGAGUCGAGCGACGUCAAGAUGGCCUUUGGCUGGCUACGCAGGUUCGCCCUGGCUUGGAGCAUACCGGAGUCUGGCCUAGACUUGAUCACCAAAAGUCGGGCUGAGGGGCCGUUGCAGGCGGCGUUCGGCAGGCACCGUGCUACUGCAUUUCGACAUUUGUGGGCUCUGCUUGACCGUCAAUGGUUCACACGGAAGUGGGUCAUUCAAGAGCUGGUGAAAUCGCAAAGGCCAAUGUUGAUGGUCGGCAGACUAUAUCUCUCAUGGACUUUGCUGGUUCUCUGGAUCAGUUUCGUUGAGCGGUGCCCCAAGGCAAAGGAGGAGUUCAUACUAGCCUGCCCCGUCCCUCUCGAGGCUGGGGGAAAGGUGUUGGGAUUAUCUCUUCUGCGAGCUUCACUUCUCACGCGCAUAGAGAGUACGGAGAAGCAACUUCUGCCGUUUCUUAUCGUGAGGACACUGGAAUUCAGAUGCGCUGAUCCACGCGAUCACAUUUUCGCGAUGGUAGGUAUCGCAUCUGAUGCCGACCGUUUCGAUCUGAUCGACUACAGAAGCCCAAUAGAGAUCGUUUGUCGACAGCUCGCGUCUGUUUGUGCCGCCGACAUCAUGAGUCUCAAGCUACUAUGGUCUCUCCAUAACUUUACUCCGUUAAGGUGUCGGAUACGUUCUUGGGUGCCAAAUAUCGAAAGCGUGGUGAGCAGUAGGGAUGGGGGUACUUUGGUCACCCAGUUCUCUAUACAACAACAUAAAGACCAUAACGCAUCUGGAAACACUGUGCUGCAAACGGCAUUAUACGAUGGCGGGGAUGUCCUAGCGAUACGGGGCUGCAUCAUCGACAAGGUUCGCCUUCUCGGAUCGGAUAUGAGAAGUCUUGGCGACGGCCGUAUUGUGGAAAAGGUAUUGAAUAGGAACCUGUAUUCCACUAGGAAGAAUAUUCAGGCGAUGCUGAGACGGAGAUGGGAAUGGCUCGGAGAAUGUAUGGCUAUUGCAAAGACCUCGGGCGCGACCAACAUCGAGGGAGCUUUACAGAAUGCAUUGUUGGGUGAUUCUUUCAUCAAUGAAGAAGUUCCUCAGAGUUUGGCAGUUGUCAGGACAGAGUUUUCUACUCAGAUGCAGCUUUUCAAGGCAAUGGCUCACGAAGUCAACCUUAUUAGGUGGUUUACCGCCGUGAUGGUAAGUAUGGGCCUUGAAUCAAGCAAUCUCCUCGAGAGCAUGAUACUGGAAAAGCUGCAACGGCGGUUUGGCAGUACGAAGAGCGGAAGGCUAGGCUGGCGAACGAGGUUUGCUGAGGAGGGAGACUUGAUCUGUAUCUUUGACGGGAUGGAGCUUUCGUAUGCCAUCCGACCAUGUUCAGACGGCCGAUAUCUCCUCGUUAGUGGAUGUAUUAUCUCGGGACUCAUGACGGGGGAUGGGAUAGAGUCGUUUAGUACUAGUUCGGAGAUUAUACUCUUUAAAUAG